AUGAGCUCGGAGAAGCACAGGGACAAGCCGGCGCUACUCGUGCCCCUGGAUGACAAAAGUCAGAGCGAACCUAGGCUAGAGCACCCGCCCACGUCGCUGGGUUCAACUAGCGCGCUGAGCAGCCAGACGGAGCAUAAGAGCCGCGAGCCACCCGAACAACCCCUGGUCGAGUAUGGCGACAUCCGGAGACCGUCCAUCAGCGUCAACGAGGGCGAGCUGGGCAGCCAGCCGCCGUUCGGCGAGCAUCGGCGAAAAAGUAUUGGCAGCGUCGACUAUGGCGACCCAGGGCCCGACAAGUCCGAGAAGGAAGACAUCCUCACUCCCAUGCCCCCCGUGGCUGGUGACAACGUGGAUAUUGCGAAAGACUUCCUCGAGGGUGUGAGCUCCGAGGAAGCGGCCAAGACCGCUGCUGCGCCCAUGUCUACGGCACUGGUGCCUCUGGAGGAGCGCGGGGAGGAACAAGAGGAACAACAACUUCCGGCUACAAAGGACUCGCCAAAGCCACCACCAAAGCCACUUCCUUCGGUACCGGUUGACGAGAAACCACCACCACCACCUCCGCCACCUCCGCCGCCUCCGCAGCAUCCGCCGGCGGCAGCGCCCUCGGAAGGUAAGAAGGACAGUCGUUCGGCUUCCACGCGUACUACUACCGGCUCUUCGUCCGAGGGCUCGGAAAGCGAGACGUCGACCACUGCCUCCAGCAGCACGGGCACUAGUAGUAGUGGUACCACAAGUAGCACUAGUUCGACCGGUUCUAGUAGCACGAGUGGCAGCACCAGUACCAGCGGUACUACCGGUAGCACGACAGGCACCACGACAACUCGAAUGAGCAACCUCAAGUCCAAACCGCAGGAGAAGGCGGAAAAACCAGGAGCCGCUCCAGUGGCUGCCGUGGAGGCAAAGUUGGCUGCACCGGUGCAGCCACCUCAUAAGCCACCUGCACAGGCGACGGCGUCUUCGUCAGCCGAAUCAUCGUCUGGUUCUAGCUCCGGUAGUGACUCCGAUAGCGGCGAGUCCAGCACAUCUUCUACUGGAACUGCAACUACAAAAGACCAGGAGAAGCAACCGCUGCUUCCCAAACAACAAGCCCCGACGACAGACUGGUGUGACGUCUGGCCCAACGACGGGUGCUACGUCAGGCCCAACGUCAGGCCCAACGUCAGGCCCAACGUCAGGCCCAACAUCAGGCCCAACAUCAGGCCCAACGUCGGCUGGUACUACGUCUGGACCAACGUCGGGAGCAACAUCGGGACCAACGUCGGGGCUAACGUCGGCGCCGACAUCAGAAACAAAGGCUGCACCAUUUGUACCACCAUUUAG